AUGGAAGAUUCCUUAAUGUGUGUUAUUUCAUUUAACAGUAAUGCAACCCUCAUUAAAGUCAAUUCGACAACAAUAUUUGCUGAAUUGAAGAUGAUCGUUGCAGAGAAUUUUAGAGAAUCGUACGAAAGUUUGUUGAUAAGUUACUCUAUCGAGAAGUUUCCCAAUGUCUCAUUUGAGCUUUCAAAAGAUGAAGAUAUUCUCAACAUGAUAGAUUAUCAUCGUUCAAUGGGGUUAAAUACAGUAACCAUGACUGUUACUAAAAGAGAUGAAGGACCCACUCAUGCCAUAGGGACAGAAACGGAGCUUAGUGUUCCUAAUGUUAGCACACAGUCAUCAGAGCAUAUCGAGGAACCUUAUGAGAGGAUCACAAUCGAGGAAUCAGAGAGGAUCCCAAACGACAACCCUCAAGGAGAGCAUGUGUGGAUGAUGAACGAUGUAGUAAGUGACUCGUCACGGAUCCCAGCAUGGUGGCACGAGGCAAUUACUGGAAAAGGGCAGCAAUUUGAAAGUGCAAAAGAAGUUAGAAUGGCUCUUAUAUACUACUCUAUAGCUAAGAAGUUUGCUUUUAAUUAUGUUAACAAUGAGCCAAAACGUAUUCGUGCUAGUUGCAUGUUCAGAAAAGAAACAAAAUGCCCGUGGUUGCUUUUCGCUUCACCAUUGAGGAAUGUGUCAACCUUUGCUAUAAAAAAAUUUGUUCCUCAACAUACAUGCGGACAACAUAACAGCACAGCUGGUCACUUCAGAGCAUCAAGAAGGUGGAUUGCGAGUAUGCUACAAUCAAUUAUGAAGAGGCGUCCAUAUAUUACCCCAACUGACAUUAGAAAGGAAUUGCACUCUCAAUAUGGAUUAAGAGUUAAUUAUUCUAAAGCUUGGCGUGCUAAGGAGACGGCAAAAGACCAAAUAUUUGGUUGCGCAAGGCAUUCAUAUGAUUUACUAUCCUGGUUAGUCCAAGCGAAUUGUUGA